AUGGCACGAAAUAUAUAUGUACCAUUCUUUGAUGGUUCAAGAGUGAAUCCUAUCAAAGAAGCGUCUAUUAUUGUUCUUGACAAUGCAUCGUGUUUGGAUAUCUCGGAUGAAGGGAUAGUUUCUUGGCUAGUACCCUUACUCGAGAAUGAGUCAACGGUCGUAAGCACCUCAACUAUAUGUUUUUCAGAGUCAUGUGAUGCUCAUUCCCCUAAAUUCUCUAUUUUUCAUUCUAAUAUCAAGUCUUGUUUUUCAACGAGUAACGAUUGUUCAUUGUCUUUUUCAUCUUCUAGCAUUGAGGGCGAUUUAGAAGUUAUUGAUUUGGAGGAAUGUAGUAUGGAUAAACCACUUUUUUGGCCUCCUAGUUUGAUACCCGAAUGGGGUCUAGUCACCGAGUGGGAUUUAUUUGCUAUGUCGCCUCGUAAAAACAUUUGCAUUGUUGAAAAAUCAACAAAUACACCUCCAAAUAGCCCAAGCCCGAUACUUUUGAAUCCAAAGAUGAAUUUACAAAAGGCUAAACGAACGCUCGUGUUUGGUUUAGGCUCAAAUUCUUCGGCUAAUUUGGAAAUUAAAACAGAAAAUGGCAAGAAGGUAAUUAGGAGAAUGAAAAGUAUGCCUUCAAGGUUCAAGAAAGGUGCUAAAGCCUUAGAAGACGACAAUUUCACGAAGAAAUGUGGUCAGGAAAAAGUGUCGUUGGAAGAUCUUUUAGUACUCGAUGAGAAGCUAAAUGUCGCGCCUGCUAUUGAAAUAUUACUAGGCCUUGAAGAAUUUGAUGGCCAUGAAGGGGUUGAAUCUGAAUUUAACAAAGAUGAUUUCUCCCUUGAUGUGAUUAUAUAG